AUGCUUUCGAAAACCUUCGUCACCACCGCAUUCUUUCUAUUCUUGCUCGCGAAUCCUGUGGAAUUGGCGAGAGCCGAAACGGUUGAGCUCAAAACGGCGAAGGCGAGUGGGAAGCGGCGACUCGAUUUGAAUCCACUUCAUCUUCUCUGCUAUCCAUGUAAGGGCGUCGUUUGGCUGCUGGGCGGCAUUCUCGGCUCCCUAUUAGGACCCAAUCUCAUCAAGCAGCUCGGCAUCUUCACAUGCGCUUAUACAUCGAGCAUUAUCAUCAAAUGGCCAUAUGUGCCCAAUCUUCUAUGCACCGCCAUUUUUGAUACCGUGUUUUUGCUAACGAAAAAAUCGAAAAACGGCUUCUGCUCAACGAUUUUCUUGUGUCGAAAAGUGAAAAAUGAGCCGGCGACGUCGGCGGAUUUGAUAGCGAGACACGAGGAUGAGAUGAUCGAGAUUCUCGAGUCGGACAAACCGCCGACACUUUCACCAUACAUGGAGCAUUUCACACAAACAUUGAUGAAUUUGAUACCAAUGGCUGUAAGAGACGGCGAGAUUUUCGGCGUGACACCGGAAGAAGUGCAACAGGCGAUUCGCAACUUUGCCGCCGCCGUCGAGCACCAAAUGAAAUAUCUCGAAUCAAAAAAUAUCGAAAUUUAG